UAAAUAAAUAAGAAAAGACAAACCAAUCAAUUUCUUACACGUCAUACCAAGUGAUGUGGGGCCAACGUACUGCAGCUAAUUAGGCAAGAGUAAUCGACCAAACAACAAGAGUUUCAAAAGAUCGAAAGAAGAAGAAAGGAUGCCUCUGAGUGCGACAAUGGUGGGAGCUCUGCUGGGACUCGGCACCCAGAUGUACUCCAACGCUCUCCGCAAGCUCCCUUACAUGCGCCAUCCGUGGGAGCAUGUGGUGGGGAUGGGACUCGGUGCUGUGUUCGCGAACCAGCUCGUGAAAUGGGAUGUGAAGCUCAAGGAAGAUCUCGACGUGAUGCUCGAUAAGGCUAGAGCUGCCAACGAGCGCCGUUACUUUGGUACUGUUUUUGAAUUAAAAGUCUUUUUCUUGUCUUUUCGUUUUUUUUUGUAUGGUUUGAUUGUUCUUUGUUUAGCUCAAAGGUUGAAUCUUUUUUGGAUGUUUAGUCACUUUAGGCAUGCUCUGUUUGAAAGUUAGAUACUUUGAGCAACCUAUUAAGAAGCAAGAGUGGAAAGAUAGAUGAAGAUCGGGAUUAAUUAAUUGAGUGAUCUUUGAAGUCUUCCUCUGAAGUCAUCUCAAGUGCUUGUUUGUUUUGUUUGAUCUUCCCUGUAAAAUUGCAGCUUUUCUUAGAGCUGGUUAUCUUUUGCUUAAUGAACCUAAAGAUUUGUGUUCUACAAUCUGAAUCUGGCUAAUAAUUUCGAAUGAGAAACCCUUUCAUUGAUUA